AUGCAGGAGCCAUCGAUAAGCGAGGUCGUGAGGGAUCUCCAUGGCGACCUCGUCCGCAAGCACAAGAGACACGGCGCCGUUGUCGAGGACAUCUGGAGGAGUUUCAACCAGAAACAGCGGGCGAGCUGCGUCAAAGCCGGCAUGAUGGACGGUGUUCUACUGAAGCAUUCCCGAGAUGUUUCCUUGGGCAACGUGUACAAGAUCGUCUCCGAGUGGAACUUGCGCGACCUCACCGAGCGACCUGAGCAUCUCUUAAGCAUGCUGGAGCACCGGGCCAAAAGCUCGCUCGCGCAACAGUACAUCGCUGGUCCCAACGAUGGCGAAGGUGACUACGGCAUCAUUGACGAAAGCAUGCGCACCAGAGGCCUCCGUCACGUCAACCCCUUCAAGGAUUGUUGGACUUUUUUCAUAGACGGGGAGCAAUACGGCCUGUCGACGAGGAUCGUCUCGGACCACGAACAAGUGUACCGCGACUUUGGCGCAGCUAUGGCGGCCAAGGUCUGCAUUCCACAGGCCAUGGGCGAUCUCGUCCUACAGCGGCAAACCACUCUGUUGCAGUCGUUGAACAUUCUCAUCGAGGACAUCCUCGAGCAGGGCUCCAAGGAGCGAAGCCAGAAACAGCGUCCCACGAAGUCGGAUGCGACGGCGUCGACCGCUUUCUCAAAGCUCAACAUCGAGGACCCUCCCGCUAAUCUAUCCCUGCCCGGCCUUGUCGCCAGCGCUCGGGACCAGGCGGCUUCGAUCACGGAACGCCUCAGCUUGUACUCGGAACCGGUCGUCCUGGCCCACGACGUCAACUUCUGGUUCUUUAGCCGACCGGAGCUUCUGCCCGACGAAAAGGGACGCCGGAUGGGCGUCCACACCGACAAGUACAUCAGCGCCGCCGUAUUCAACACAGUCCACAGCGCCGUCAAGGGAGCCGCCAUCUGGAACUACCUCUGCCAGCUCUUGGACCGCCUCGACGGCCUGGGUAACGACAAGGCGCACCGGGUCAUUCUCCUGCAGGAGAUAUCGAAUGUCUGCCAGCUCGCGUAUACCUCUGCCCAGGCCCUGUUCAAGCGCCACAUCCAGUCGAGAACGGCGUCGAAGUGGUACAAGCGAACCUCCAACGCCUACGACAGCGUCGGCAACCCGCGUGUGACGCUCAAGGGCAACCCCGGCGACUUGACAAGGAGCAACCCUCAGCUUCAUUAUGUACUCCGUCUCUGUCAUCCAGACACUACCGCUUCCAAGGCCGUCGAAUGGUUGAAGAAGCUGGCCGACCUUCAUCAGUCUCACCCGUCAGAGCGGGAGAACCUGGACGAGAGCGAGUUCGAGUCUCUCUGUGACCUGGCCAUCGCGAUCGUUUUCGUCCAGGAUCUACCCAGGACCGUCACGAUGCCAGCGCCAUCACGCAAAAAGGGCCAACUGUUUGUUUCGAGAUCUCAAGAGCUGGAGGCGGAACUGAACAACCUCAAGACGGACCUCGACCUCCGCGACUUUGCAGCCCCGAUCGACACACUUCUGGAGCCGGGAAUGACUGAGGGCGCCCUCCAGACUCUCGACCAGUUCAUCGUCGACAAAGCCGGCGCAAGACUCGGCUUCCUGUACCAGGAUCUCGUUGACGAGUGCUUCUCCGAUCUCCAGGACCAGUACAGCCAGUACAAGGCCAAGAUCGAGCAGGGCGAGAAGGAUUGGACGCCGCUCCCUAUCCCGGCCCCCGAGCCGCUCGAGACCCUGGUCGAACAGCGCAAGCAGAAGGAAAAGACACGGCCGUCUCACUCGUCCGCCUUCGAGAUCGGCCCCCAAACCGAGCACGCGACAGAAGACCCCGCCGUCGAGCCCCAGACCUUCAAGGUCAGCGCUGGGACCGCCGAGGUCUUCGGGACCCUGUUCGACAAGUCGAAGUCACGAGGCGCUGUCAGCUGGGCGGCUUUCGAGGGCGCCAUGGCGGAGCUCGGGUUUUCCGUCCUGCCCAAGUACGGCUCCGUCUUCACCUUCGUGCCCCCCGAGACGAUGGCGGCGAAGAGGCCAUUCACCAUCCACCGGCCCCACAAGUCGCAGAUCGAGGGGUACAGGACGCUUAUAUACGCGCGACGGCUCAAGCGGGCGUAUGGAUGGAAUGAGAAGACAUUCAAAGUCGCGUGA